UCAAUAACACUGUCACAUAAGGAAGAAAGAAACGUCCAUUACUGAAUCACAAAUGCAGUCCAAGAUCAGUGCUUUCUUCACAUCCACCCAAGAUUCCUCUUCUCCCAACAACGACCAUGAUUUGUCAACCUGGGAGAAUCAGCAACAUCACAUCAUCAACACCUACACCCGAAGGCGCGUAAAUCCUAGGCCCGGUACUUCGGAUCCCCAACCGGUAACACUCGCCAAAAACAAGAAGAGAAGCUACGCACAGUUUCAUCUUGAUUUUGGCCAAUCCGAUUUCCUCUUACGCUCGUGUUCUACAUGAGGCAUAAAGUUCACUCCCGGUGAUCCACAGGACGAGAAAUCACACAAUGAAUUUCACAAAUCAUACACGCAGGGAAUCCUAUUCAGAGGUUGGACCAAAGAAAAUGUUAUUCCUCUACCCAGUUUGGAUUCGGGUCGAGUCGUUUUAUUCUUGGAGACCGACCGGUCUUCUCACAGGAAGAAAGUUGAAGAGGUGGUGAGGAUGAUGGAAAUUGAGAUUGGAAGUGGGUGGAUACUUCACGAGCGCUGUAAGGUGUAUCUGUUUGUUUCUCUGAACAGGGUUGCUGGGUGUCUCGUUGCGGAACCAAUUGAAAAGGCAUUCAGAGUUGUGUCUGGCUCUGUUACUGGAUCUGUUCACAGUGCGAAGAAAAGGGGAGUAACGACACGCUCUACCACUCUUCAAUUUGGGAAUGUUAUUUUCCAAAGGGAGGUCCAUAGAAAAGUUGCUAAUGUGAGUGAUUCUGAAAAGAUGGAAGGGGCAAUCUUCUGUACCAGCGAACCAACCGCUGCUGCUGGUGGCAUUAGGGCCAUUUGGGUUACUCCCUCCAACAGAAGAAAAGGCAUUGCCACCCAGUUGCUAGAAGCAAUGAGGAAGAGUUUCUGCCCCGGUCUUGAGCUUGAACGUUCUCAGUUAGCAUUUUCCCAGCCUACCUCUGCUGGAAAGGCAUUAGCAGCUAGUUAUACUGGCACUGGUUCAUUCUUAGCAUAUUAGAGCCAACAAAACAGUUUAUUAGUGUUUACUUAUCUUGACUGUUAAUAGGUAUAAGCGUAAGUUAUUCUGGUAAAGUGUAACAUUUUUUUAGCUCAUAUAAGCCAUGAAUCUGUCAUCUCAUUGUAUUUUGUUGGUACAAAUUUGUCAUUGUGAGUGGAUUUUACCAUUUAGUUCUUGAGAGUCAAGAGUUAGCAUGUAUUGGAGAACAUCCUUUUGAAGACUAUAACUGUGACUGAUAUUUACAGAUGUAUUUUGAAACUGCAAACUGAAGUUCACACUUUCCAAGUACUAAAUUAGGGAGCAAGAAAUUGUAUCUUUUUUUUGUUUUUUAUUUUCUCUUUUGACUGUUUGCAGGUUUGUAACUUCAAGCCAAACACAGC